AUGUAUGUUGUGACGUUGGACACAUCAUCAUGCAUGGACCCUGGGAUCCCGGUGAACGGCGUGCGGUACGGCCAUGACCUGGCCAUCGGGUCCACGGUGUCGUUCCAGUGUGACCAGGGAUACCGGCUCAGUCAUGAGGAACCGCUGGUCUGUGGGGAGAACCACUGGUGGAGCCAUCCUCUGCCCACAUGUGACGCAUCUUGCGGUGGGGACGUGAGAGGACCUGGCGGUAUCAUUCUGUCUCCUGGAUAUCCAGAACUCUACCCCAACUCUCUAAACUGCACCUGGACGGUGGAGGUCGGACAUGGGAAAGGGGUCCAGUUCAUGUUCCAUUCCUUCCACUUGGAAGAUCACCAUGACUACCUCCUGAUCACCGAGAACGGCAGCUUCGUCCUGCCUUUAGCUCGCCUCACCGGCUCCGAGCGCCCGGCGCCCGUCAACGCAGGCCUCUACGGGAACUACAAGGCUCAGCUUCGCUUCAUCUCUGACUUCUCUAUUUCCUUUCAAGGAUUCAACAUCUCUUUCUCAGAGUAUCAUCUGGAGCCGUGUGAGGACCCCGGGACCCCCAGGUUUGGCUGGCACACGGGCAUCAGCUUUGGCAUCGGGGACUCGCUGGUUUUCUCCUGCAAUACCGGCUAUCGCCUAAAGGCCAGGGAGAUCUGGUGCCUGGGAGGAGGACGCCGCAUGUGGAGUGCCCCUCUGCCAAGGUGUGUGGCGGAGUGCGGCUCAACCGUUUUCAACAGCGAAGGAGUUGUGUUGUCGCCCAACUACCCACUGAACUACGACAACAGCCACGAGUGUGUCUACAGCAUUCAGGUGGAGACGGGAAAGGGCAUCAACGUUUCAGCAAGCACUUUCCAACUGGCACAAGGAGACAUUCUCAAGGUCUAUGAUGGAGGGGACAGUGCUGCUGCUGUUCUGGGUACCUACACAGGCUCCACCAUGUUAGGCCUGGCCCUCACCUCCACCUCCAAUCACCUGUGGCUGGAGUUCUACUCAGACCAGGAGCACACAGCAGGGGGCUUCAGACUCAGCUACUCCAGUUUUGAUCUGUCUCACUGCGAGGAUCCCGGGGUGCCUCAGUUUGGGUUCAAAGUCAGCGACCAGGGGCACUUCGCUGGCAGUGCCAUCACGUACGGCUGUGACCAAGGUUAUUCCCUGCACGGAAGUGGCAUACUCAAGUGCAUGACCCGAGAGAGAAGAGCGUGGGACAACCACCUCCCCUCAUGCAUAGCGGAGUGUGGCGGUAGGUUCAAAGGUGAGUCUACAGGCCGCAUCCUGUCUCCUGGAUAUCCCUUUCCUUACGACAACAACCUGCGCUGUACCUGGACCAUCACUGUCAACUCUGGCAACAUCGUCAGCCUCCAGUUCCUGGCGUUCGACACAGAGGCAUCUCACGACAUCCUGGAGGUUUGGGACGGACCAGCGGAAAAUGGGAUGUCUCUGAGGGAGGUGUCUGGCUCCCUGCUCCCCGACGGGAUACACAGCACCCUGAACGUCGUCACCGUUCAGUUCCAGACUGACUUCUACAUCACCAAGUCUGGCUUCGCCAUUGACUUCUCCAGUUCAGUGGCGACAGCCUGCAGAGAUCCAGGCCUGCCUAUGAACGGCAGUCGUCACGGAGAUGGGAGAGAACCAGAUGACACGGUGACCUUCUCCUGUGAUCCAGGAUAUGAGCUGCAGGGAGAGAGCAAGAUCACCUGCAUCCAAGUGGACAACAGAUACUACUGGCAGCCCAGCCCUCCCACUGCAUUGGUGACCUGUGGGGGUAAUGUAACAGGAUCAUCAGGAUUCAUCCUCUCCCCCAACUUCCCCCUCCCCUACCCGCACAGCAAAGACUGCGAUUGGCUGAUCGCUGUCCACUCAGACUACGUCAUAUCACUGGCUUUUAUCAGUUUCAGUAUCGAGCCCAACUACGACUUCCUGUAUAUCUACGACGGACCAGACAGCAACAGUCACCUGAUUGGUAGUUUCCAGGACAGCAAGCUCCCAGAGAAGAUAGAGAGCGUCUCUAACUUUAUGCACCUAGCCUUCCGUAGCGACGGCUCAGUGAGCUACCAAGGCUUCCAUCUGGAGUAUAAAGCUAAACUGCGGGAGGCUUGCUUUGAUCCGGGGAACGUUAUGAACGGGACACGCCUCGGGAACGACUACAAGCUGGGCUCCAUGGUGACGUUCAGCUGUGAGGCAGGAUAUCUAUUACAAGGACACUCCACACUGACCUGUGUGAUGGGUAACAGCAAGAGGCCUGAGUGGGACCGAGCCAGGCCCAGCUGUCAAGCGCCGUGCGGAGGCCGCUCGACAGGGUCAGAGGGGACCGUCCUGUCCCCAAAUUACCCCCGUAAUUAUACCCAGAGUCUGACCUGCGUCUACCACAUCUUUGUCCCCGGGGACUUCGUGCUGUUUGGCCAGUUUGUGGUGUUUCAGACGUUGGCGAGUGAUACUGUGGAAAUCUACGACGGCCCGACUCCAGACUCUCCUGUCCUCUCGUCCAUCUCCGGCUCUCACUCAGGAGAGACUCUACCUUUAAGUUCUGGGAACAAAAUCACUGUGAAGUUCACCACCGCGGGUCCAGAGACGGCCAAGGGAUUCCACUUUGUUUAUCAAGCUGUCCCCAGGACCAGUGCAUCUCAGUGCAGCUCUGUGCCGGAGCCCAGGUUUGGGAAGCGGAUAGGAAACGACUUUGGCAUUGGCACGGUGGUGCUGUUUGAAUGCAAUCCAGGCUACGCUCUGCACGGCGCCACUGCCAUCAGGUGUGAGGCCAUCCCCAACACUGUGGCUCAGUGGAACGGCACUGAGCCCACCUGCGUAG